CAAUCACUCACAACUUCUCCUACUUGCAUUGGAUUCACUCCACUACAUCCGUCUACUCACUCGCAAGCACUCACAACUUCCCCUACUUGCAUGGGAUUCACUCCACGACAUCCCUCUACCCACGCGCAAGCACUCACGACCUCUCCUACUUGCAUUGAAUCCACUCCACUACAAUCCGUCUACUCGCUGCAGACACCUCCAGCAUCGCCUCGCUCCCUCUUGCUCUUGGAUUCACUCUCCAACAUCACCUGCGCUUCCUCUCUCGCCUCCAGCAGCGAUAUGGUCAGCACCUCUGCACACAACAUCACUCGUCCUUCACUUCAUCACAGCACAGCGCCACAACCAACCCACUGUGUGCAUUUGUGCUUCCCUUCGUCCCUUUCUUUCACCACCUUGUCACCACAAGCCUUGUUUGUCUAUUUCACCUGCGUUCCACCACCCCUCCUGUCUUGUUUCAAUUCUUGCCACUGCUGCUGUUGUUUCCAUGUGCUUGCGUACCUUCCCUUGUCCCUGUUCACUACUUUGUGCCGCCACUCCUUCCCCUUCACUUCCCUUCCCUGCCUCGUUCAUGUUUCAUGCUGCAUGUGUUGCAACACAUCAUAAACCCAUCAAGCCCA